AAGAGGCGGCAGCUGGCCAGCAGCUGCAUACACAGAGUGCUUGGCCCUGCACUGCCGCUGUCCUCUUUGGUCCGGCUGGAGGGCAGAAGACAGGACAGGCUUUGGCUGGCGUCGCGUUCCCCGGAACCCCGGCGGAGAAUGCGGGCGUGGAGACCCCUGUCACUCCGCCCUGGCGUGGGGGAGGCCCUGGCCCCCAACUCGGCCCUGUGAGCCCACACCGGGCACGGAGCUCCGCAAAUGAAAUAUUGCCACUAGAGAACAUAUUCCUGAAGAAGACUGAGUUCGUGUUUUCAGCACCGCAGAGGCACGUUUCCACACCAGGCUGUUGAAGGACUGGGCAUCAGGAUGACCGAGCGCUUUGACUGCCACCAUUGUGAAGAAUCUCUCUUCGGCAAGAAGUAUAUCCUCAGGGAGGACAGCCCCUACUGCGUGGCGUGCUUUGAGGCCCUCUACGCCAGCACUUGCGAGGAGUGCGGGAAGCCCAUCGGCUGUGACUGCAAGGACUUGUCCUACAAGGACCGACACUGGCAUGAGGCCUGUUUCCAGUGCUUUCGGUGCAAGAGCUCACUGGUGGACAAGCCCUUCGCUGCCAAGGAGGACCAGCUGCUGUGCACGGACUGCUACUCCCACGAGUACUCCUCCAAGUGCCAGGAAUGCAAGAAGACCAUCAUGCCAGGUACCCGCAAGAUGGAGUACAAAGACAGCAGCUGGCAUGAGACCUGUUUCGUCUGCCGCCGCUGCCAGCAGCCCAUCGGCACCAAGAGCUUCAUCCCAAAGGACAACCAGAACUUCUGCGUGCCGUGCUAUGAGAAACAGUACGCCUUGCAGUGCGUUCAGUGCCAAAAGCCCAUCACCACCGGGGGCGUCACAUACCGGGAGCAGCCGUGGCAUCGGGAGUGCUUCGUGUGCACCGCGUGCAAGAAGCCGCUGUCGGGCCAGCGCUUCACGUCCCGCGAGGAGUUCCCCUACUGCCUGAGCUGCUUCUGCGACCUGUACGCCAAGAAGUGUGCCGGCUGCACCCACCCCAUCAGCGGACUUGGUGGCACAAAGUACAUCUCCUUUGAGGAACGGCAGUGGCAUAACGACUGUUUUAACUGUAAGAAGUGCUCCCUCUCACUGGUGGGGCGAGGCUUCCUCACAGAAAGAGAUGACAUCCUGUGCCCUGACUGCGGGAAAGAUAUCUGAAGCCCACACGGCUGCUUGUGACACGCACGGAUUUAGACACUCUCAUUCUCCACCAGGCAGUGUUGUGUCUGGUCUCCACCGGCCAUGCUGAAACUUUCCUCUUGUGCUUCUCAGUGAUAUUCACAUUUGUUUAAACCCUUUAAUCCUUUGUACUAGCUCAGUCCCAGGGAAGGAGGAAACCCUUCUGUAAACCUGUGAUGGGAAGAUGAUGUUGAAUUUUCAUAAUCAAGCAGGGCAAUUCCAAGUGUAAAAAUCCUUUUGAAUGACAUCUUUAUACAUGUACCUUUCUUUCACUAUGUAUUUAAUUUUUAAGUGCAAUUAACACAUCACGAACUUGAGUUUCCCUAACUACAUGAGAUAUUGAAGAGUGGGCAUUUACAAUGUGUAGCUUCCUGUCAUGUAAGACCUAGAGCAAGAUCGUAUAGCUUACAAUAAAGUUAAGAAAAAGUUAAUAAAGAACAAAAUCCUUGGCCACACACAGUGCGUGAAAUAAUGAUUAAACAUCGAAGUUCUGAA